CCACCCCAUCCUCCCCCAGCCGAGCUCGGAGCUUCCGUUCGCCGCCGCAAUCCCUCCCGGCCCCCAGUUUCCCUCCUCGAUCCUCCAGCGGCUGGACUGUUCGCGCUCAUCGGGCGACCCCCCCUCGCCGGCGACGCGCGGUGGAGCAGGUCAGCACGGAGGCAAUCGCUGCCAGGGCUGUGGAUUUCAUCUAUCAGGCAUCCCGUGUGGAUUUCAUUAGCUCCCUCCCUGUGUGCUAGCUAGAUGGCAUCGUCCACUCUAAAACCAGGUGUGCCUAUCACUCUGCAAGAGCUAGAGCCAUCCUCGGAGAUCUUCAAGCAAGGGGCUUCCCUCCGAGUAACAGGAAUUCUCCAGUCAUACGACGUCGACUCUGCGGUUGCCGUUAUUCAGGACGGCAGCGCAAUGCUGAAGGUCGACACCCAGCACCUAAGGGACAUCAGUUUCCGCAGCGGCUCUAUGUUCCAGUUCAUCGGCGAACUCCUGAUCCGGCCAGACGAUGACGUGAUUCUGCAAGCACGUGUGGGCAGAAACGUUGAUGGCCUUGACCUGAACCUUUACCAGCAGUCUUUGAUCAUCCGGCGGCAGCAUGAAGCCAGACUGCUGAGCUCCAGGAGGGCAUGAUCCAAAGCUGUGAACCAGGCUCAUGCCUCUUUAGUUCAGUUACUCUGUAGUAUGGAGCACAGGGGGACAUAAUCACCUUACUCUUGAUGAUCAUGCGCUUCAGUUUGUUAGAUGGGUGCAAACCUGCAAAGUAGUACGAGUAGUUGUUAACUGAAUUUUCUGAGCACUGAUUAUUCUCCAAGCCUUUUUAUGCUAUCACAGCCCCAGGAGCUCUUAUUA